GCCAUAGACAUUAUUGUCCUUGCCAUACUUUGGUCUCUUGGAGAGUGAGGGUAACAGGGGCAAAGCUUCAGCACUGGUCGAAGAGACAGCUUCUUCGAUCCAGUGCUCGGAGGCGAAGAACAACUCCAGCCACAAUGGCAAGCGCAAGCCCUACUAUCGUGCUCGUCCCGCUCUGCGUCCCCGGCCACCUCCCGCCCUUGUUUGAAGCCGGCAAGCGGCUGCUCAGCAGCGGCGCCAUGUCGCUCACGGUGCUCUUCAUGCAGAUGACCAUGGCCGCCAACCUGAUGUCCGACGUCACCGACCUCAUCCGCCGGGAAUCAGAGUCCGGCUUGGACAUCCGCUUCCACCACCUCCCCGCCGUGGAGCUCCCCACCGACUCGCACGGCACCGAGGACUUCAUCAUGCGCUUCAUCCAGCUCCACGCGCCGCACGUCAAGGCCGCCCUCUCCGGCCUGGCCUCUCCGGUCGCCGCCGUCGUCGUCGACUACUUCUGCACCACCCUGUUCGAUGUCACGCGCGAGCUCGCGCUGCCCGUGUACGCCUACCUGCCGUGCUCCGCGUCCAUGCUCGCGCUGAUCCUGCGGCUGCCGGCUCUCGACGAGGAGGUGUCGGGGGAUCUCGGGGACAUGGAAGCGGUUGACGUGCCCGGGAUGCCGCCGGUGCCGGCUGCUCUCCUGCCGACGCCGCUGAUGACGAGAGGCCCGAACUACGCGUGGCUGGUGUACCACGGCAAGCGCAUCAUGGAAGCCGCCGGCGUCAUCGUCUACACGGUGGCCGAGCUGGAGCCGAACGUCCUCGCGGCCAUCGCCGAGGGCCGCUGCGUGCCCGGCCGCCGCGCUCCAACCGUCUACCUGAUCGGCCCGGCGCUGUCGGUCAAGGCGCCCGGCAAGCAGCCGCACGAGUGCGUGACGUGGCUCGACGCGCAGCCGUCGGCGUCCGUCGUGCUGCUCUGCUUCGGUAGCAUGGGCGGUAGCUUCCCUGCGCCGCAGGUACGUGAGAUCGCCGACGCGCUCGAGCGCAGCGGGCACCGAUUCCUGUGGGUGCUCCGUGGCCCCGUACCGGCCGGCGGUGCGCCGUACCCGACCGACGCCAACGUCGACGAGCUUCUCCCGGAAGGGUUCUUGGAGAGGACGAAGGACAGGGGCCUCGUGUGGCCGAAGUGGGCGCCGCAGAAGGACAUCAUCGCCCACCCGGCCGUCAGCGGCUUCGUGACGCACUGCGGGUGGAACUCGGUGCUGGAGAGCCUGUGGAACGGCGUGCCGCUGGCGCCGUGGCCGCUGUUCGCGGAGCAGCACCUGAAGGCGUUCGAGCUCGUGUCCGUGAUGGGCGUGGCCGUGGCCAUGGAGGUGGACAGGAAGCGGGGCAACUUCGUCGAGGCCGCCGAGCUGGAGCGUGCGGUGCGGAGCCUGAUGGGCGGGUCGGAGGAGGGGCGGAAGGCGAGGGUGAAGGCCGCGGAGGCGAAGGCUCUGUGCCGGAACGCCGUGGAGGAGGGCGGGUCGUCGUACGUGUCGCUGCAGGAACUGGCACGGGAGAUGUUACAGCAUUGCGGACGCGAGGCUGAGGAUUCUGCAAGCCUGUAAGGCUGUAAAGCGGGCCCGGUUUGCUACUAUGGUUUGUUGUGCACUGUCUGCAUCUCCAGCAUUUGCAGAACUUCCGUAGUUCUGUUUGGGACUUUGGCUUGAAUAAAUGGUCUGUUGAGUCGUUGUGUAGUGUACGUUGUGAGGCUUUCUUCAAGUAGUAAUAAUGUUAUUUGAUAUUUUGAUGUUCUUUCUGAUCUGGAAAUGUGAGAAUUUCUUUUCUAUGAGCAAAACGGAAUAUAGAUGGUUCAAGUG